AUGUGGCAAACUCUCAUACCAAUCCCAUUUCUGCUUCCCUACCUAUUCCAUCAAGCUUCCGCGCAUGGCGGUGCCUUGAACUACACAGUCGGAGACACAUGGUAUCCGGGCUAUGACCCAUAUGGCGACCAGACCAUGCAAGACGGCGCAGACUGGAUGGUACAACGCAAAUGGAUCACCAACGACCCCAUCUUCGAAACGACUAACGCCUCCCUGUCCUGCAAUACACCAGGCAAUCCCGCAAAAAGCUAUGUGCCGAUCACCGCUGGCCAAAAUAUCACCGCUGUUUACGCAUACUGGGUGCACACUGUUGGACCUAUGAUCGCCUGGCUCGCAUACUGCGCCAAUGACUCCAAUGACUGUAGGACGUUCAAUUCGUCCACGGCAUCUUGGUUCAAGAUUGGGCAGAAAGGGUUGCUUGAAGGCACGAUAGAAGAAGGCACGUGGUUCCAGAAGGCGUUUAGUAAAUGGGAUGGCAGUCCGAGUCUAUGGAGUGAAACGGUCCCAAGUAGCCUGAGACCAGGGAAGUACCUGGUUAGACAUGAGAUCAUCAGUUUGCAUAGUGCAAAUAAGCCGCAGUUCUAUCCCGAGUGCGCGCAUCUGGACAUCAAGGGCGAUGGGCAUGCAUUCCCGAGCAAGGAGUAUUUGGUGCAGAUCCCGGGUGUGUGGAGUAUGGACCAACCGGAGAUCAAUAUUGAUAUCUACAAACCGGAGGUUUCGAAGAAGACGGAGUAUAAAAUCCCCGGACCAGCAGUGUGGACAGGAUUGUCGUGAACGGUUCGAAUAUAGUUAGCCCUAUCAUCACAAGGCAGUUCCCUGCUCCCUUACAAGAACUGAAAAGCGAACGUCAUUUUCAUAUGCUUUGGGUCUACCUCUAGCUCAGCGCGGCGCUGUUCGGCCAUGCGCCUUUCCGUCCUCUAGUCUCGCAUCGUCAAAGUCACAUGCUAAUGAAUUGAAGUCGCACACACGGCCACUUGACUGUACUUGCCCAUCUGAGAUCUCUAUCUCCUCCAUCUUUAAAUAUUCUAGGAAUAUAUCCGCUCAGGAGACGCAUAGCUGGUUCGCGACACUUUCCUCGCGUUGUCGGGCAAGAGGAAGCGGGUCAGCAUGCAGUACUGUACUAGGAUGGCUCCUUGGACCGCCAUCAUAGAGAAUCUGUGCCGCAACAAGACCAGUUUGUCGGCACACCAUG